GAUGUGCUUUUCCGCCAUAGCAAGCUACACAACCAGCAAGCGUCCGAUGAACGUGGAGAUGCAGCCAACUCGCUAGUUGGCAUUGCUAGAGCAUCGCCUUCGAAUGGAUCCAUGAGACCAAUUCUAGAAGAAAGCAUGAAUUCGCAUGCCUCUUUCAACCCUACGGAGAGACAAAACUUUGCUCAACAGCAGUCCUACGCUGAUCCAAGUAUGGCACACUCCCGUCACAUGUCUAUGCCUGACAUAUCUCUGGUACAUCAACAAUAUAAUAUGAGCCCACAACAGCAUGGUUCAUUGACUCAACUGACGCCAACACAUACCUAUGCUGGACCUGAAUUUACACCAGUAGAGUUUCCACCGAACGGAUCAACACCCGCAAUGACAUCUCAUGCAUACGACCCACAACUGGUAUCCAUGGACCAUGCUCACAUAGACGGUUUGAUGUCAGGCCCAUUCGGAGUGNGGGGUCUACCUGUGAAUUCACCAGGACAGUCUCAAGACAUGCUGCAAUUUUGGCUGGCACAAGCGGACAACGAUCUGCGCUACGGUUCUAUGGCAUUGCCGGAUAUGAGCAGUACCUCAUAUACAUCUGAUCCCAAAUAUGAGCCAGCACACCCGCACGUGCAUCGAGCCGCAACAUCGGAGACCAGCGAUACGGCAUCAACAGGGAACAUACCAAAUGAGCGUUUUGCAAGAGUGGAAAACUGUUGGUUGGCCAAAAACAAUGGUACCCACCAUCUCAAUCCAUCACUCUGGUCCGAUAUCGUGCGCAGCCCCGGACCGAACCUGUUCUCCAUUGGUGCCUCGCAGACUCGAGAAAAGUCGGAUAGCCGCUGGGGCGUAAAUUCAGCAUUGCGCUCUCGAUUGGAGGCUGAAUUCGGCGCACAUGUGUUACAGCCGGGAGGUUCUGCCGCGAAACGACCUGGUAAUUUCCCUCCCGCGGAGGUAUUGGAGAUUUGUCUGGAUCAUUACUUUCGACGUUUCCAUCCAAUUGCUCCUUUCAUUCACGUUCCGUCUUUCGAUGCCUCCAACACUCCUCUUCCUUUACUUUAUGCUAUGUGCAUGCUCGGACUCAGUGCGUUGGAAUCGAGCAAUGGUGGCAACUUCAUUUCCAAUGCGUUUACAAACCUGCUGCGAAAAGUACAUAAUGAUCUAGCACUUAAUGCGAUGACCCCUGCGGCUCCACAUGCGCGUUUGGCCAUUUUCGCGGCUGGCUUUCUGACCUUGUGUCUAGCUGCUUUCUCAGGAAGGCAAGGGUUAUUUUGUGUCGACGACAUUGACGUUGAAGAUACUAUCACUAAUAUCGGCGACGAAAAUUCGCGAUGGCUAACCUGGGCUCGCAUUGAGAGCGCCAAGAGGCUUGUUGUAGCAUUAUUGACUACCGAUUGGUGGUUCUCUGCAAACUCUUCAGUGAGCCCAGCAAUACGACCAGAGACACUACAGCUAUGUCUUCCGUGCGACGACAUGCUCUUUCGCGCAGAAUCUGCACAGCGCUGGAUUCAGCUGCAAGAGACGGGAAAAAGAAUAUCCAUGCCUAUGAUCAAGCCUCGCACGUUCCAUCUCGAGGGGGCUUUGGACCUGAUUAUAUUACUGGAUCCUCCUUUGGACGCCCCCGGACAAUACUCUUUGCUUUCGGCCAUAAAACUCUGUGUAUGUGAUGCCCAGCAUCGGCACUUCCUGCCUACGGACGAGUGGGACAGACACGAUCACCUGAUACCAUGGGAGACAUAUCAAGACGAUCUCAGAGCGCGAUCUCUAGUGCAGACCACACUGGCACUUGCACCUGUAAUCACAGGCUCGGCCAAGACUGCCGACCUCAAUUCUCUCCUGCUAUGGCACAACCUAUGCUUGACCCUGAACUCCAACAUGCAGAUCUUCGAACUUGCCGCAGGUCGAGCUGGGGCCGGUCCAGCUGGAAAAGCUCUCGCAGACGUGGAGGAUUGGGCUCGCACGUCUUCUGCUCGCCGUGCUUGUAUACAUGCCGCACAAUCUUUCAAACUGCUGAGUAACCGCAAGGUUUCCGAGAGCAUUACGCUCAACUCCAUGUCAGCCCUAUUCUGCUCUGCUCUUGUUCUCGGCUUGUAUCUCUUUACUGUCCCCAGUUCUGGAACCGAGUCCGCGCGCCCGCCUUACGAGUUGAUGGAUGAUGUUGAUUGGACUGUCGUCGGCAACGCAGGUAUGGCGGAAAGCUCCNCUGGAAACAGCCCGGACAUGAUGUUUGAGUCUUCUCAUGCUUCGAAUGUGACUCGUGCCUUUAUUGAGGCAGGAGGUCCUGUCUCGAUCAAUGGUGUUGUUGCUAGUAGCGGGUUCCAGACUGCGAGACGGACGCUACUGGACUUUGCGCAUUUGAUGGAUGGGAUCGGAACGUGGAAACCACGGACUCUGUCACGGAUUCUGCACAUCAUGUCUGAUGUGUUGGAAGAGUCCCUU